AUGCCUCUUGGUUCUGUUAAGCCCAGCCUGGACGGGUACUACUCCCACAAGCCCAAGGAGAAAGUGCGCGUGGACAGCAACAACGAGAACUCCGUCCCCAAAGACUUUGAGAACAUAGACAGCAGCAACUUUGGCGCCCGCUCGCAACACCACCGGCAAACCGCAGGGGGCGCCGGCAGCAAACAGCACCGGGAGCGCCUCCAGGAGAAGGCCCACGCCCAGCAGCAGCAACAGAAACAACAACAAACCCGGAAGGACAACUCCGCCCCCGACCUGAGCAGGAGCUCUAACGAGGUCCUCCAACGUGGCCGCCACGCCUCCGACGGCAACGCCACCAGGGUCCGGCAAGGCGGCGGCGUCGGCGGCGCGGCGGAGCGUCAGCGCUCGUCCCAGACGACGGCGCCCCGUCACCCCGAGCCGUCGCAGCACAGGCACCAGCACCCCCACAGGCGUCAGGCCACGACGGCGCCGCUGGAGGCGGCGUACGACCAGCCGCCCAAGUGCGAGAUCAGCGGCAAGGAGGCCAUCUCGGCCCUGUCCCGGGCCAAGAGCAAGGAGUGCCGGCAGCAGAUCGCCGAGGUGUACUGUCGACACAAAGAGGGCCAGCUGAUGCCGGAUAAGGUGACUCGUUACUGCCCCUUAGAGGGCAAAGCCAACGCCAACGUCCAGUGGGACGAGGACUCGGCCGAGAGCCUGCCGCCUUCGCCUGUGAGGAUCGCCUUCGUGCUCGUGGUGCACGGGCGGGCCUCGCGCCAGUUCCAGCGCCUCUUCAAAGCCAUCUACCACACCUCCCACUUUUACUACAUUCACGUGGACCAGCGUUCCAACUACCUCUCGCGGCAGGUGCAGGCCCUGGCCUCGAAGUACGCCAACGUACGCGUGACGCCCUGGCGCAUGGCCACCAUCUGGGGCGGAGCCAGCCUGCUCACCAUGUACCUGCGCAGCAUGGCCGACCUGCUGGCCAUGAGGGACUGGAGCUGGGACUUCUUCAUCAACCUCAGCGCCGCCGACUACCCUAUCAGGACUAACAACCAGCUGGUGGCCUUCCUGUCUAAGUAUAGAGAGAUGAACUUCAUCAAGUCUCACGGCAGGGACAACGCCAGGUUCAUUCGCAAGCAGGGUCUCGACCGCCUCUUCUACGAGUGCGACACCCACAUGUGGCGUCUGGGGGACCGCAAGAUCCCAGAAGGCAUCUCGGUGGACGGGGGCUCCGAUUGGUUCCUGCUCAACCGCAUGUUCGUGGAGUAUGUGAUCAAGUCCCAGGAUGACCUGGUCAACAGCAUGAAGAGGUUCUAUAUCUACACACUUCUGCCUGCCGAGUCCUUCUUCCACACGGUGUUGGAGAACAGCGCCCACUGUGAGAGCAUGGUGGACAACAACCUGCGCAUCACCAACUGGAACAGGAAGCUGGGCUGUAAGUGCCAGUACAAGCACAUCGUGGACUGGUGCGGCUGCUCGCCCAACGACUUCAAACCCGCCGACUUCCACCGCUUCCAGCAAACGUCGCGGCCCACCUUCUUCGCCCGGAAGUUCGAGGCCAGCGUGAACCAGGAGAUCGUCAACCAGCUUGACGCCUACCUGUUCGGGCCGCACCCCCAGGGCACCCCGGGCCUGCAGGCGUACUGGGAGAACGCCUACGACGAGGCGGACGGCGUGGCCAGCCUGAAGGACUCGCAGCUCACGUACUACCACGCCUUCUCCCGGAUGGGCCUGGGGGCGGAGAGCUCCCUGCAGGGGAACCCCAGGGACAGCAGCUGCAGGCAGUACAUGGGGAUACAGGACGGACCCUCUAGCUACGCCGCACGCCCCGCUGCUUUGUGGGUGGGCGCAGGGAACCCUGG